AAUGAAGUUAGCAAUGUCGACAUUUUUAUUGCAUCUGAUGAAAUUGGAUUAUUUGAAGUUAGUCAACAAGUUGAAAAACGCUUGCUUGAAACUGAAUCGGCUUGGAAAUUCCCUAAUGAUUUUAUUACAAUAUCUCGUUAUAAAAAUAUUCUGCCAAAUAAUAUUCUUGAUGAAAUUUACCUAUAUUUGUCAGGUACUAGUCCUAAAAACUUAAACAACAAUUUGCUAAAAAGAGAAUCUGCCUAUUCUUUUGAUUCUAAUAUCAUUAAUGCUAGAGACGCUGCAUUGAUAGCGAGUUGGAUUGAUAAGAAACAAGGAAUGCCUUAUCGUUUUAAAGACAUGCCUUUCAAAUUUGAGCUUAUUUAUCGUGCAAGCCUUGAAAAUUUUGCAAUUGAUAAGUUUCAUAAGAAUUGUGAUAAUAAAGGUCCAACUGUUGUUAUAAUUAAAGUCCGAAAUUCAGAGGAAAUAAUUGGUGGAUAUAAUCCAUUAGAUUGGUAUGAAAUUGAUUUAAUGAAAAACAAUAGUGAUACGUUUGGUGACUAUGCUGAUUAUAAGUUCAAAUCAACGUCAAAAAAUUUAUGGAUAGAAUAUGAUCUUUUACGAAGAUCUAUUGUUGGCACAUGUAAACAACAUUCUUAUGAAACAGCAAUUAUUGACAAGGAAACUUUUGAAAUAGAAGAAUAUGAAUAUAGUUCCGACCAAAAGCAUGGGUCUAUA